AUGAAAUUUUCAAUAGCAAUUACAAUACUGAACAUUAUAGCAGUUAGUUGUCUUAAUGAUAACACCAAAUGUCAGGAUCCAGUGUCGACAGUACUGUUGUUCAACAGGACUACACUUUAUACGGUCAACUAUACAACGUUAACAAUCAAUAGGUUUGGCAUCGGUAACGGUAGUAGUAGUAGUAGACAUAAUAAUGAUGUCCAAUAUGUGUCCCAUCAGCCUCAGGGACAGAUAAUCACGGGUCUGAACAAUGAAACCAUUGUCCAGAGUUUGUCGACCAACGAGUUUGACAAUUUGGUCGAAGUAUUGUUUAUCUAUAAAAACACGGCUUACUAUUGCGCCCGAUAUUCAAUGGCCGACAGUAACCAUAAAUUUAACACUUCAACAAAAGCUAACCAAUACUAUACAUUUAURGAUCAAUUUGACAAUCAGGAGAUCAAAACAAUGAAAGUUGUGACUAUCCGGUGCCCGAACCGACUCUAUCCUUAUUGGCUGGUGUUUACCGCCAAUGCUAACAACAACCGCUACAAAGUYACCAUAUUUAGCAAAAACAAUAUCACCGGCAAUCACGAGCCGACACAAGCAAAAGUGAUGGCCGUAUUUGUGGUCAACGUUGAUAGCGAUGCAGAUAUGUGUACUGUUUCAGUGUAUUUAAUUUAUGACAAUCACUUAUCCGCCUUAUAUACCAUUCAUAUACACGAAGAUAAACAACAAAAAUUGACUAAUAAGCCACAGAUAAGAGCUAUUACCCGAAGUUCUUCAUUUAGGUCAAACAGUAUAUGGAGUCUAGGCUUUCCUGAAUGUCAUUACGAUAUAUGUUUGGACAAUACAUUCAAAGCCAUUAUCAUUGACGACAACUAUUUUCAUAUUUUCAUUGGACAGACAUGGCUUAGACAGAGCCGAAUGGAUGGCAAACUAGUGAGCGAACCAUUGGCUAAACGAAUCGAUAGACUCAAUACAGUAUACGUUGAUCCCAGAGAUCGACAAUUGUAUGUCAUUCAAGACACCAGUAUMUUGAGAUUCAAUCAGAAUUCUAUGGACACAACUGAUAACAAUCAAAACAAAGAUAUUGGUUCAGUGUUUCCAUUGUUGAAACAAACGCCAGACGCUGUCCAAUGUAUACCAAUAAAAGGCGAUUGUUAUGUAUUUCUGAAUGACUGGUUUUGGUUAUAUUCCCUAAAAUCUGAUGACAAUCAGCGAAACACAAAGUUUGUAUUGAAUGGUAAGUUUGAAUUGAAAACCUAUGGCCUACCAGUCGAUGGUUUUGAUGCGGCGUUUGUCGAUGAAAAUGGUGACCGAAUUCAUUUGAAAAACAAUUACAUCUAUUGGCUGGAGUACGGUGUUUGGCGCCAGUAUGUUGUCCAACAUUUUCUCAACUGUUCCGAUCAGCGAUACUAUCGACAGCUGCCAACCGAUGAGAUUAAUUCGUGGCAAAAAUUUUCGGAUGACAUACGCAAACAGAAUCCGACGACAAAGUUUGUUGAGACCAAGUUUCCGACGAUUCCGUUACCUAUUGCUGAUGACAAACCAACAACACCUGUACCGGUGUCUAAUACUACCGAUCGGCCGGACAGUUCAGCUCAGUUGACAAAUACUACCGAAAAAGAUGGAAAUUCUUCUUCUUCUUCAGUUGGGAUAAGUCUUAUAAUUAUAUUACUUAUUGUUGGUUUUGUUAUCGGACUAUUAGUGCUCAUCGGUCUAACCAUUUGGUGUGUCUAUAGAUAUCUGAACUCAACAAAGAGGACGCCUACCGAAGUCGACACUCCCGCCAGUCGAAAGUUAGCCAACAAACUCAAGGACAGAAAAAACUUAAACAAAAGUCAUUAUUAGAUAAAUCAAUAAG